AUGACGGUCAACAAAUCAAAAGUCACUCAACAUGCUUCAGAAAGCAAUCCUCUCAUUCUCAUGGCGGCCUUCCCCGGAGAAGGUCAUACCAACCCGCUCCUUGUCAUCGCAGCAUACCUCGUCAAGAAGGGUUACGAAGUUGUGUUUAUUACAACUGAAGACUUCCGGAACAAAGUCGAAGAGGCGGGCGCCGAGUGGGUUCCUACCAACAGCCCUAUGACCAACACGACCUACCAAGCCCUCCGCGAAGCAGCUUCUUUGCCGAUUGGUCCGGAGCGGUUCGCUGCGCAGAUCAAAGCUGUUUUCUUGGAGACACUUCCUCCACGAACGCUAAAGAUGGAGGAGGUUCUUUCCCAAUUACAAGCACGGAAUCCAGACCGCCAGAUCAUUGUUGUCGAAGACAUUUUCAACUGGUCGCUCUUUCCUUUCAGACAUGGCCGUCCUCUGCCUCAAGGCUUCAAUACGGCGCCCAAGUCUAUUGGCAUCGGUGUGGCAGCUUUUAUGAUGGAAAGUCAAGACACGGGACCAGUCUCGCUUGGCUUGCCCGCUGACGCCACCGACUCAGGUCGUCAGCGCAAUGCGGUUCUCCAACAGUUGGUUGAGCGAGGCCCAAUAAAACCUAUGAUCGAUGCGUGGCAGCAGGCCAUGAAGGAUACUGGGUGUACGGCCAUCCUAAAGACAAACAUUUUCCGUUCGUGCUACACGGCGCAUGACUAUACGUUGCAACUUUGCUCUCCCAGCCUUGAAUACAACAUUUCGGACUUACCACCAUCUGUGGAAUUCGCAGGUGUCUUGCCUCGUAAGUCCGCUGCUCCAAGCUUUCAGUAUCCUUCAUGGUGGUCAGAGGUCGAGAGAGCUCAGAAAGACAAUCAAUACCGGCAUGUGGUCUUCGUCUCCCAAGGUACUGUCAAUAUGGAUUACUCCGAACUCGUUCUUCCAACAAUCGAAGCCUUCUCUCAAACUGAAGACAUCCUCGUUGUUGCAACCUUGGGUGGCCGUGGCGCUCAACUCCCUCAUGGCUUUGUCGUUCCCUCGAACGCUAGGGUCGUGGACUAUAUGCCUUACGACAUUAUGCUUGAGUAUACCGAUGUAUUUGUCUCCAACGGGGGAUAUGGCGCCUUAACACAUGCUGUGAGGAACGGUGUUCCCAUUGUACUAGCAGGAGAAAGCGAGGAGAAGAUUGAAGUUACUAUGCGGGCAGUUUACGCUGGCCUUGGCGUCAGUCUAUCGACCCAGAGGCCUUCGACAGAUCAAAUCAGGCUUGGAGUUGACCGUAUUUUCCAAGAUACCAAGUUCAAAAAGGCGGCAAUGAAGCUAAAACAUGAGAAUGAUGGCAUGGAUGCAUUAGCAGCGGUGGAAAGAAAGGUUCGUGCACUCACAUUGUGA